AUGGCAGAUAUAGAAGCUGCGAAACGAGCUGCCGCUACUGAGGCAGUGAAGAACCAUUACCCAAAAGACGCAAAAUUCAUAGGCAUUGGCAGCGGAACUACCAUCGUCUACGUUGUCGAAGCUAUAAAAGAACUAGGCAUUGACACCUCGGCCACAAGCUUUGUGCCCACCGGAUAUCAGUCAAACCAACUAAUUGUCGAUGCCGGGUUAACAGCCAUUGCUUUUGACGCUCUGCCAGAGGGGACGGUGCUGGAUGCUGCGUUUGAUGGUGCUGACGAGGUUGACGACGACUUGAACUGUAUAAAGGGUGGAGGAGCCUGCUUAUUCCAGGAGAAGCUGGUUGCUCUACAGGCCAAGGAGUUCAUCUGCGUCGCUGAUUGGCGCAAAAACCAAAGCCGUCUGCUCACCUCCUGGCCAUCCAUUCCGAUUGAGGUCGCACCCCUCGCUGCCCGUCGAGUAAUAGAUGAAUUAAAACUACUGGGGAGUCCGAACCCUCUCCUUCGGCAAAAUCCCCGCGAGAAAUCAGGCCCAGUGAAGACGGACCAGUCUUUCUUUAUCGUUGAUGCACCGUUCCCUAAACUACUCUUGCCGUCUGAUAUUGCAGCUGGACAGAAGGCAGAAGGUGGCGCUUGGGAGGUAGAAAAAUUGGCCAAUGCUAUCAAUGCCAUCACUGGUGUAUUAGAAGUAGGUCUGUUCUGUGGGCCUACCGGCCCUCAGGCUCAGGCCAGCAGAAGAGUAGGAGGACAGAAGCCCGUUGCAGCCUACUUUGGAUAUACGGACGGGACGGUUGUUUCGAAGAGGGCAAAGUAG